AUGCCGCCGCCGCCGCCGUCCAUGAGUCCUUGUUUUGACACUUGGACGUCUUGUGGUACUACCACUGCCUCCCCUGCUCUCCCGCCUCCUCCUCCUCCAUCGAGUAGCUGGGAUUUCUGGGAUCCGUUCGCACAGGCUAAUGCGUCUCGGUCUGUCACGGAUGAGGAAUGGGAGGUUGCCACGUCUGCAUCCGAGGCGGCUAUCACCUCUAGAACCGGCGUUGCGAGCGUGGCGCCACCUCCUUCUGUUGUGAGUGGGAUGUUCUCGAAAGACACGGGGAGUGAGCUUGCUAUGGUCGUUUCCAGGAACAGUAAAGAGCUGGUGGAGAUCGCGAAGGAGGUAGACGAGUAUUUUCUCAAAGCUGCCGAUGCCGGUAGCCAUCUCUCCCUGCUUUUAGAAGUCUCAAAUUCCAUUUUUUCAGCACAAAGCAAAGGAGGCAAAGUGUAUAACUAUGGCUGCAAUCUGACCCCAACAACAUGGGCAUGGAAUUGGAAUAAAAAAUUGGAAGGAAUGGGAAAAUUGGGGGAGAACAAUAACGUUGGAAAUGCAGGUGGCAUUGCUCUUAGCAGCAGCCAUUGUUCCACCGUAGAGAGAAUAUACGCUUGGGAGAAGAAAUUAUACCAGGAGGUCAAGAAUGCUGAGGCUAUAAAGAUAGAGCAUGAGAAGAGGGUGGCCCAUCUGAGGAAGCUCGAGGUGAAGAGAGCUGAUUAUAUGAAGACCGAGAAAACCAAGAAAGAAGUUGAUAAAUUGGACUCCCAAAUGAUGGUUGCUUCACAAGCCAUUGAAACUACAUCUGCUGAAAUCAUCAGACUGAGAGAGUCAGAGCUUUAUCCUCAGCUCCUUGAGCUUGUAAAAGGGUUAGUCUUGGUUCUUCUCGUCACUGCUGGUUGUUGCCCUCGUUGUCUGCUUUUGAUGCAAAGAAGAUGA